ACGCGCAACUUAGCUCUCAGACGUAAGACAAUUAUGGAGCCAAACCUGUGGGUACCCCCAGAGUACAGCGUUAAGUCGAAGCCUAGCUUGACACAGGUUUCUCAUCCAACUAAUUGCACUGACGAAUUUGUCUCCAAUGACUUCGUACGGCUUGCUAAAUGGUGUCCUGAUGGUUCUGUUGCUCUUGCGCAAUGCGAGUCUGGAAAACUUCGUAUGCUCGAUUUGUUCGUAUAUUUUCUCUUGGCCUGCCUAAUCCAAUGCUUAUGCAAACAUAGACCUCCCGAGCUUCUGCAUCAUACACUAUCGGAUUGGUUUACGCCUCCAACAAAACUAUGGUUUCCCCAGGCGGCCCCCGUCCUCGAUUUUGCUUGGUAUCCUAAUGCGACUUCCAGAGAUCCAGCAUCGUUCUGUUUCGUGACUUCUGUACGGGAAUGCCCUGUCAAACUACUAGACGCGUCCGAUGGCAGAUUGCGUGCAUCGUACAAGAUCGUCGAUCACCGUGAACGCCAAGUCGCUCCACAUUCUCUAGCUUUCAACCCGCUCGCCUCCAAGCUGUAUUGCGGAUUUGAGGAUGCGAUAGAAGUGUUUGAUGUCCAUGUACCAGGCGAAGGCACCCGCCUUCGCACUACGCCUUCAAAAAAGAGUAGAGAUGGUCUAAAAGGAAUUAUCUCAACGUUGGCGUUCUCCCCAGACAUCUCAUCUGGUCUCUAUGCCGCAGGUUCUCUGAACCCCUCUUCUUCAACUUCUUCCAAUAUUGCCAUAUUCUCAGAAUCUACGGGCGAGGUUCCGGUCAUGUUCGUAGGGGAUGACCACCAAGAUGGAUUUGGCAUUCGAAGCAGUUGUACUCAGGUGAUGUUCAACCCGUUCAGGCCCUAUUUACUCUACGCAUGCUUCAGGAGACACGAUACGAUAUACUGCUGGGAUCUCCGAGGGGACUUAGGUUCACCGAUACAAACUUUCAGUCGAAGCGGCGAAGCAAAUGUCAAGAGAAACGUUAUAGAGACGAACCAGAAGAUGCAUUUCGAUGUCGACCUAGGCGGAAAUUGGUUAGCUAUCGGCGAUGAGCAUGGCGAUGUCUCCAUGUUUGACUUGUCCUCACCAGACGCCGAUAACGUCGAGGAAGUGGUUCUCCCUCCGCGAAGAGACAUUUCACCAACACUGAAGUAUCAUGCCCAUGACGACACGAUAGGCUCUGUCGCCUUCCACCCCUUGCGGGCACUUCUGUUAUCGGCGUCAGGAUCAAGACACUUCGAGUCUACCCUUGCGUCCACUUCAGAUUCGUCUGAGAAUGAAGAAUCUGAUGUUGAAGGCAACGAGGACGUUGUCGACUCCGAACUUGUUCAACAGGAGAGGCAACUUGGAGUCAAGAAGCGUCGCGCAAAGCUGCAACCUGCUGUCGUGGACAACUCCGUGAAGCUUUGGGAUUUCGGAGAAAAUAGCUCAACUGCACUCCCACAAUGACGAGCACUCGUUCCACGCCUCCUCACAUAGACUUCCCGCGAAGAAUUUCGAUUGCUAUCCUACAGUGCACUCGAAUUGAUGGGGUUGACCAAGGUCAUCUUUACCUUGCCUCUUUGCGUAUUGGCAUCCUUCUCCACCUCUAUCCGCACCGUGACCUUGUCGAAAACGGAAAUGGUCGUAUCGCCGUUGUCGGAUGGCACAGUGAUAGUGUAUUUGUCCGCGUCGAACUGGAUUUCGCGUUUGAACAUUACGAGCCCCUCGAUCCCCAACCUAAUAAAACAAAUCAGAAAUAACACGGGAUGAACCAGAAUGACGAAAGCGCACUUGGAGACGAAUACACCUAACCCAUUCCUGAACGUUCGGAUGACGAAAGCAUCUUCCGUCACAGUCUGCUUCUCUCCCCGUGCCUUCAAAGCCAGUCCAACAAAGAAUUCCACACUCGCACGACCAGCCAUCUGAGCCAUCCGGUGACGUUUGUUCACUACAUCAAGGGUACGCUCAACAUGAGACUUCGAGUGAAGGCUUGGGUGAAGGGUGGUGUAGGAGAUUGCUGCAGAGAGCUGACGAUGGACGAGAACAUCUGAAGAUAAAACAUAAGCAUCGGCCGUUGAAUGCGCCUAAGGAACGUUCACGUACCUGCGUAUCGUCGAAUCGGACUCGUAAAGUGAGUGUAUAUAGGACUCGCCAAACCAUAAUGUCCAAAGGUAUCGCGCGACACGCUGCCUGAGCAGAAGUAUUCAGCUGAUAACAUACAGCGGGUAGCCAUGAUUCGGACGAGAGUAUUAAAAGCAGGCUCGCUUGGAUCCUACACCUCGUCGUUAGCAUCUGAAGGAGGUUAUAGCCAUUUUUUUG